UUUCGUCCUGCGAAAAAAACAGCAUAAUCCAGAGGGUGUGACCAAAUUGAACGACACGAAAUUUUCAUACUUUGCCCAGUCUUCGGAAUGUGAAGGUCCUUGCUCGUGUGUUGUGUUGCCUUUUCCCCGAAAUUGAAAAAACAAGAAAUUAAAACUCUUAAUAGAUUCGUACAUUACAAACCCGAUUGCAUUGCAAGUGUUGGAUACAAAAUACAAAAGAUAUUAUUACCCAAUUUAAUGCGAAAAGGCCGAGAGUCUGACAGCUGAAAACGAAAAAGUGCAGCAAAAAUGCACGUCAAUUUGGAUUCGGUGUCAAGAGGUUAGGAAACUCAGGCCCGUGAGCACGUAGCAGGAAAACGCGCAGCAACGAGGGAAGGAAAACCGUCAGGAGCAACAAAGGACAGGAAGAGCAGGCACACAUUCCGAUUCCAGAAGGGGGAAAGCCGUUGGAAAGCAGGCCAGGAUGGGCGACUAUCACGAGUUCACGGACCAGUACAAGGUGCCGGUGAUAGCGAAGCUACUCCACGCCCUGCCCCACUACAACAUUACGUUCCACAAGAUCAACAGCACGUUCCGGCCCAACGAUGAGAUCUACCUGGAGAGCCUGGGCAUCCUGGGCUCGGUUCCGGCUGCCCUGCUGAUCGUCUCGCUGCUGGGACUGCUCUUCUAUUUGAUGACCCGCUGCUGCGACCGGAAGCCCCGACCAGCCCACUCGAUCACCAGCCUGAAGGUGGCCCUGUCCAUCGUGACGGUCAUGUGCUGUGCGGCGAUCGGAUUGGGACUGUAUGGCAACGAUGAUCUGCACAACGGACUGCUGGAGGUGCUGACGGCGGGCAGAAAGGUGGACAACCUGGUCACCACCAUCCGCAACCAGACGCACAUCCUCGAGAACACGCUGACGAAUCGAAUAAGGCCGCAACUGGUGGAACUGGCGGACAUCUUCGAUCAGCCAGUGUCGAAUCAAACUGCCCUCUCCAAGCUCUUUGUAUCGCUCAAUAUUGUCCAGGGAAAUGUUACUUUGGCCACCAAUGCGGCCAGCGAUAUCCGACGACCCCUGAUGGGCAUCUCCAUGACGCACUUCCUCACGCGUGGCGAUCAAUGGGAACUGAUACGCUGGCCGGGAACGGUGGCCACUUUGGCCCUGCUCCUUGUCCUGUGCGCCGUGCUGCUGGUGGGCGUCGCCCGGCACUCGCGCUGUGCCCUAAUCCUGUUCAGCGUCUGCGGCCUGCUGGCCGUCACCGGUUCCUGGCUGAUGUCCGGUCUGUAUCUCUCGUCCUCGGUGGCCGUUGGCGAUCUGUGCAUCUCGCCAGCGGAUUUCCUCGUGUCCACGGCACCCCGGGACCUGCCCACGAACGUCCUGCUGCACUACACCCAAUGCGAGCCGGGCCACACGAAUCCGUUCACCCAGCGGUUGAGGGAAUCGCAGAAUUCGCUGAACAAUGCACGCAGUGCCAUGGCCACGGUGAUGAAGAUAUCGCUGGUGCUCUUCAAGUCCUCGGGCCUGCAGCCGAAGCUGGGUGCCGUGAAUGCGGAUCUGAAUAGCAGCGAGAGAUUGCUGACCCAACUGACGGCCCUGGUGGAUUGCAAGGCGGUGCAUCACAAUUUCCUGGCCGCCGCUCGGGGACUUUGCGAGGGAGGACUCCUGGGACUGGUCCUAAUGCUGAUAGCCAGCUUCAUAGCGGCCAUUUUGCUGACCAUCAUGGUGUGGGUGGACUCGCACACGUGGAUCUACAUACGGAAGCGGAACGACUACGCCCAGGUGGACGAGCCAUCGUAUAUCUCGCACCCGGCACCGCAGAAUCACCAGCAGAUGAUGAAUGCCGCCAGGACGUUGCCGCGAAACCAUAAUGGGCACUUCAGCCCGCCGGUGAUCAGCGGCUCCCACACGCUCCAGCAUCCCAGCAAGCGGCAGCAGCACGAGAUGAUGGCCCACGCCCACAUCCAGCAGAACAUGCGCGCCAUGGGCACCCACACGCUGGGCCGGCUGCCGUCGCACAACCACAGCCCCACCCACAUGACCGGUCCCAAUAAUGCAGCAGCAGUCGCAGCAGCAGCAAACGCCGCCGCCAACAUGCCGCCGACCACGCAGGCCGCCCAACAACAGCAACAGCAACAGCAGGCACAGCAGCAGCAACAGCAGCAACAACAGCAGGCACAGCAGCAAUUGGGAGGACCACAGCCCAUCUACUGUCAUCACCCGCAUCAGCAUCCGCAUCCGCAUCCGCACCAGCAUCCGCACUCGCAUUCGGCCGCCGCCGUGGCCGCUGCAGUGCAGCACCAGCACGCGAUCUACCAUCAGCAGCAGCAGCAGGCGCAGCAAUAUGGCACCUACACCACGGCCGCCCACCACGCCCCGCAUCAUUUGGGGCCGGGCCAGAGCCAGAUCUACCAGCAGAUCCCGGCCCAUUUGGCUCCCCAACUGGCGGCCAAUGGGAAUCCGCAUUCCAUAUACCAGCCGCUAGUUGCCGUCAGCCAGGGCUCCAUUUAUGUAUCCAACUUGGCCACGAUGCGGCGGCAGAAUAGCCAGGGUGGUCCGCAGAUUCCGGCGCAUCAGCAUCCACCCAGCUUGCAUCCGCAGCAGCAGCCACCGCCGCCCUCGCAGCAGCAGCAACAGUUGCAUCAGCUCAAGUCGCCGCAGCAACACCAGCAACAGUUGCAGCAGCAGCAGCAGCAACACCACCAGCAGCAGCAGCAACACCACCAGCAGCAUCAGCAGCCACAGCAGCAACAUCACCAGCAGCAGCAACAGCAAAACGAAUCGGACGUCAUACCCAUUAGCACGGCCAUGGAUGGCACCAUUUAUGACCGGGAUAAGCAGAUCUACAAGUGCUCCACUUUGCGGCAGGGCGGCAAGUUCGAUCCCAAGUACAAGCCAUCGAUACUCAACUGCCCGCUGCCGGAGAUCCCCAAGGAUGCGGAGCAGCCCAAGGUUGAGUCCAUCUACGAGCAGCGCCAGCAGGCCCAUCACCAAAACUACUCCAAGACCCUGCAGCGUCCGCCGAUGAAGUUGCCGCCGCAGAUGAAGGCGAUUCCGCCGCCGCGCAUUGGAACGCCCACCUCGCCGCCACCGCCCGUCGCCCAGUCGCUGGGUGAGGCAAAUGGAGGAGUACCAUCUGUCCUCCAGAACGGAGGAGGCGGAGGAGGAGGAGGAGGCGGAGGUGGAAACACCAACGAGGACACCUCGCUGCCGCCGCCGCCGCUGGAGGCGCAAACGGAGGGGACCAAGGGUCGAAUGGGACCAGGAGCUGGACCAGGAGCGGCCGCCAAUGGCAAGGUCCUGCACAACGGCGGAGGCGGUGGGGGCGUGGCCAGCGGCGGCGGUGGAGCGGUGGACGAUGAUGAUGACCUGCCGCCGCCACCGCCAGCGAUAACCGACGAAAGCAACUAUGCGGUGACGGAGCUGUAAGAUGGCCUUGGCCAAAAACGACGGAACAAAACCCCAGAAAAGGAAGGCAGAAAACCGAAAAUAAGACAGGAAUUGGUCAGGACUCGAGAUUGGGGGCGUCUUCCUAGAACUCGAAUGUAGGAUAGAUACUUAUAUAUCGGUGGGAAUCGAUGGAAUCGGGGGAUUGGGACUAUGGAUUGCUGGAGCGGCGAGUGUUCCUUCUUGAUUUGUUGCAUUUAACGUGUCGUAGCGUAAUCGUAUCCUAGACCGGAAUCCUGCUUUUCGACUUUUGUACAUACUAUACACUGGACUAUAUCCGUAUAUCCGAGCAUCCAAAAGAAAGCGGAUACAGCGGAUAUGAAUACACAGAUACUAGACACGCACAGCAGACAGACAGACCGACAAACGAACGGAUAUGUAACAUAUAUCAGCGAUCUAUUACUUAUAUAUAAAUAUAUGUAUAUCUCCAUUUAGGACUCACGGUUAUUUCUUUUUGAUAAUAGCAUAUUUUUACCAAUUUUAAUGCGCUAAAUUGUCAAAAAAGAAACAAUUUUACGGGGGCUAUCUUAUUGUAUUAUACAACAUUAAUCUACAAAAGUAUAUAUAAAUUGUAUAUCCUCUACAACCGAAGAACGGGGAAAAAACCAAACGAUACCAUACUGAAAACGAAAGACCGACACUUGAACCUAAAAACCAACCACCACCAAAUAAUGAAAAUCGAAUUCGGAUCGUAGGCCAUAAGUUUCAGAAUCGAACUGUAGUAGAAACGAUAGCAAAGAUUUUUUAGGCACUUGUCGGGAGUCAAUUUUUAAGUAGACAACGGGCAACUGAAUGGAUGGGCAGAGGGGCGUGGCAGGUUCUUGUUUGGUUUUUGGAGAUUUACACGUAUUUCAUACCUAUAAUCAGAGUCUCCUUUUACAUAUUUUCAACUGAUUUUCGAAAAGGAUUCUCUAUUCAUUUUUUUCUAGAAGUCAUUGCAUUUUAUAUAAUUUUUUUUUGUAGUUCUUAUUAACCCAAUGCAUUUCUAAAAUUUCUUCAAUAUGUGAUAUAUUCGAACUCUAGUCAUUCAAAUUUUUGAAAUACCCCUAAGAAGUUAUGCUCAAGAUAUAGGGGUUAAAAUAUUUACUUGUAGAAGUCAUCAUUAUCAUCACUUUUAAUGACCUAAGUUCCUGACUGAACGCAUUUAUACCUACUACUCCUAAAAUAAAUGUUUAUAAAAUCGCAUAGCAGUGGCGCAGAUAAGCCAUUCCUUAUUUUGCGUUAUAAGAGAAUCGAACCGAUAUGACCUCGAGUAUGCCAAACGUAUAUUAGUUAAUGGACAAUUAUUUAAGCACCCCAAAGACACGAAGUACUGCUAUUAUUAAGACCCCAAAAGGAAUCGAAUCGAAUCAGCGAUGCCCGAGCCACAGCCAUUCAGGUGGAUCCCCCGUUUAGUGCUCGACUCUGUCCUGGGUCUGGGUUGUGCUGCGGACGAUCCCAGGGUCACUGGAUCAGGAUCAUCACGGGAUCGGGAUCAGGAUCGGGAUCGGGAUCGUCCGGGACUGGCGGGCUAAAUCGAUCGAGGAUUUGAGCCUGCAAUUUUAUUGUGUAUCUAACCUAAGCUUAACAUGGAAUGCAUUUAUUAAACCUAAACAUAAACCAGAUAUAUGUAGAUAUUUAGUGGGCUAACUGUAUAUUUAGUAGCUAAACGAAAGGCAUAUAUAGUACUAGCGUAAACAAUAACCAAAUAGAUGAGAGAUGAGAGAUAAACAUUCGACUUGGCAUGGAACCGAUAGCAAUAUGAAACUAACACAAAGUACUGCCCCCCAAAACCAAAACGAAAAUAAAAAAUAACAGCCGAACAACCGACGAACCAAACUACAAAGUUAUAUAGAUAUAUACACACACACAAACGAUAUAUACACAAAUAGAUAUUAUAAUAAAAUAGUUAUAGACAAGAUACUUAAGCCUAUCGACAACUAUAUACACCAGCAACACACAGCAAGUAUAAUCGAAGCAUUUUUAGAGGGAUUCCCGGAGGCCAACUUCCAUCGAGGAGGACGAGGCCAAUCAACUAAGUCGAGCCCCGAACACUGCCCACACAGCGAAAGUUCUCAACAUUUAACGAUCGAUCGAUCGAUCGAUCGAUCUAGCCGUAAUAUACACUUAACGACCCUAACUAGAGCGUACUCUCAUUGAAAUGAUCAAUUGUAAGAUAUUAACAAUCGGGUACUCGAAUCGAAAUUGAAAUUAACUCAAUCGAAAAAAAACAAGUGACAUUUUUAAAGUAAAUAUGUAAAGAUGGUGUAAAGAGAAACGGAAACGGAACAAACUAAUCAAGUUUUUUAUUCGCUUAUUAUACAAUUACCAGUAAUAAAAAACAAGACACAACUUCUCAGGGGUUCUGGAAAAUACUUCAAUGAAUGGAACCCUUUAAGGAUUCUCAAAGCCCCAAACAAUGGAUUGGAAAACACCGAAAAAACCGACCUCGAACCCCUUGGGAAGCAAUGUUUUGGUCUUAAAAGUUUCGAACCCAGAUUGAAACUCCAUUAACACGUAUAAAUAAAUAUAACACAAUUAGUUCGUAAAUAUAUUUCUGUGUUAAAUGUUGUCUCCGUACGCGUUGUAGUUAUUACAAAAGAAAAUCCCUAAAAAAACCAAGAUUAACUCAAAAUGCAGAAGAACCGAGAAAUGGGCUAAACAAGAUCCAAAAAGUAAUUCGCAUUUUUUUUCGAAAGCUCAACGGCAGCAGCAAUAAGGCAAGUUAAGAUCGAGUUGUACAACAUAUAUAUAAAAUAUAUAUAUAAAUAUAUAGUAUGCAUAGUUAAAGAAAAUGUAAAGAACAGAGGCAUAAAUCGAAGCGCUUAGUGGCAUAUUAAUUAACGAGUAAAAAUACAAAAAUGAACGACAAAUGGUAAUUCUAACGAAUCGUAAGGGCAGUUUAAAAAUUCUUGUAAGAAGUACGAAAUACAAAGAUCUACUAAAUAAGUGAGUUCCAGAGAACACGCUUUGACCCGUCAAACUUUUUGGAACUGUUCCGAAAAGCGGGGAAAACCAAAUUUCUGGAAUGAAAAAAUAUUUUAUGCGCAAAAUCGAAAUGAAUCGGGUAAUUAAAAGAACCGAGAUUCCCGUGAAAUGAAGAUGAAUUUCUUUCAAAAGCAAACAGCGGCAAAGUAAAACGCUAAAAAAAAA